AUGGAUGGGCUGCUAUCAUCUCUAAUUAACUUUCAAGUAAAUGAAGAGUUAAAAAACAGUAGUAAUAUUAGUGAUAGAAAUGAAAUUCAUAAACAUAUUUUAAAGUUUAUUGAACAUAAUGUUGUAGAAUUUGAUAGAUCAAGUUAUGACCAGUUAAAAGAUAAAUCAUAUAUAACAUCACUUGAAUGGCAUGGUGAUACACUACCAGAUAAAAAUGAAUUUCCACCAUUUUUGACAGAUUUAUAUUUGUGCACUUUUAAUAAAAUGUUAACUCCAACAACAUUACCAAAUACAAUUACUACACUCACAUUUGGUGAUGAUUUUAACCAAGUAGUUCCACCCGGCACAUUACCAAAUAGUCUCACAACACUCACAUUCGGUCGUUAUUUUAACCAAGUAGUUAAACCCUACACAUUACCAAAUAAUCUUACAACACUCACAUUCGGUGGUUAUUUUAACCAAGUAGUUCUACCUGGCACAUUAUCAAAUAAUCUCACAACACUCACAUUCGGUUAUGGUUUUAACCAAGUAGUUCCACCCGGCACAUUACCAAAUAGUCUCACAACACUCACAUUCGGUGGUGAUUUUAACCAAGUAGUUCCACCCGGCACUUUACCAAAUAGUCUCACAACACUCACAUUCGGUUUUUAUUUUAACCAAGUGGUUCUACGUGGUACAUUACCAAAUAGUCUCACAAAACUCACAUUCGGUUAUAGUUUUAACCAAGUAAUUCUUCCCGGCACAUUACCAAAUAGUCUCACAACACUCACAUUCGGUUAUGAUUUUAACCAAGUAGUUAAACCCUACACAUUACCAAAUAGUCUUACAACACUCACAUUCGGUGAGUAUUUUAACCAAGUAGUCAAACCCUGCACAUUACCAAAUAGUCUUACAACACUCACAUUCGGUGAUGAUUUUAACCAAGUAAUUCUACCUGGCACAUUACCAAAUAGUCUUACAACACUCACAUUAGGUGAUUUUAACCAAGUAGUUCCACCCGGCUCAUUACCAAAUAGUCUUACAACACUCACAUUCGGUUAUUAUUUUAACCAAGUAGUUCUAUCUGGAACACUACCAAAUAGUCUUACAACACUCACAUUCGGUCAUGAUUUUAACCAAGUAGUUCUUCCUGGCACAUUACCAAAUAGUCUCACAACACUCACAUUCUGUGGUGGUUUUAACCAAGUAAUUCUACCCGGCACAUUACCAAAUAGUCUUACAACACUCACAUUCAGUUAUUGUUUUAACCAAGUAGUUCUUCCUGGAACACUACCAAAUAGUCUUACAACACUCACAUUCGGUCAUGAUUUUAACCAAGUAGUUCUUCCCGGCACAUUACCAAAUAGUCUCACAACACUCACAUUCGAUGAUCAUUUUAACCAAGUAGUUCUACCUGGCUCAUUACCAAAUAGUCUUACAACACUCACAUUUGGUCGUUAUUUUAACCGAGUAGUUCUACCUGGCUCAUUACCAAAUAGUCUAACAACACUCACAUUUGGUCGUUUUUUUAACCGAGUAGUUAAACCUGGCCCAUUACCAAAUAGUCUUACAACACUCACAUUCGAUGUCAUUAGAAGAAAAGUUGGAAUGUUGUAA